AUGUCACUAUCUUGGAAGCCCCCUCAAUCUCAUGAAUCAGAAAACGACAAAAAUAAUGUGAGCAGAAAAUCAGUUAUCUUAAGUUUAUUGAGUCCAAACAAAGGAAGAUUAUUUGGAAGCAAUACGUCCAUCGCUGAUAUGCCCUGUAGCGUACACUUGCUGGAUGAUCGUUGCAUGUCCGUUUCAGUAUCAAAUAAAGCAUUUGGAAGAUGUUUACUCGAAGUUGUUUGUGAACGUCUUGAUGUUCUACCAUAUAUAUCCUAUUUUGGACUUCGUUAUUCUGACAAUAAUGGUAUGAAUCAAUGGAUCAAUUUAAAUGACAAAAUCAGUAAACAGCUUAAAGAAGUUAAAAAUUCCACGUUUGGUUUUCGAUUUAUUUAUUAUCCAAACAAUCCAUUGGCGUGUUUCCCUAAUGAAACAAUUCGUUAUUUACUUUUCCUUCAGUUGAGAAGGGAUUUUUAUGUUGGUCGUUUAAGAGCACAAGCAAUGAAGAUUUAUGAAUUAGCAGCAUACGCUAUACAAGCUGAACAUGGUCUCAAGGAGAUUCCUCAAGGUUUUGACGUGGAUACUAUUCCUGGUGGUAUGCGUGUUCUUCCUCAACUAACAAAACCUAUUGUACGGCGAAUCAAAAAUCAACUUGAACAAAUCAUUGGCAUGUCUAAAUCUGAAGCUCUGGAGAAAUUCAUCGAUGAAGCGUCAAAAAUCGAAACCUAUGGCAUGGAACCUUUUCAGGUGCAAGAUCAACGCCAAAAUGGUUUAUGUAUUGGAUUUAAUUAUAAAGGUAUUUCUAUAUUUAAAGAUGGUUGCAGUAUCAAUGUGUUUGAAUGGGCAUUUAUUAAAAACAUUUAUCCAGAGAAAAAGAAUUUGGUUUUAGUCGUUAGUGGAAAAGCGUCAGAGGAUGACAGAGAUCUUGUUCUUGGGUUCAAAUGUAAAUCGCCUUCAGAAGCCAAAACUUUAUGCUUACGAGCACUCAACUGUAAAACAUUCAAAGAAGUACAAUUACAGGAGAUGUCUCUUAUUCCUCGACCUUUUAGAACAUCUAACAUUUUAGCUUAUCGACCAUCAGAAAUUAUUAAUCAAGAUUCUUUAAGUGAUUCUUCUGAUAGUUCACAGUAUGCUUCACUAAAAUGUAAAUAUACUCCAACUGUAAAUAUUCAAACAGAUGUAACAACAACAGCAACAACAACAACAACAACAAUUGCAACAAAAAAAUCACAUAAAAAUUCAACUAGUUCAGAAGCAAGUGAAAAUACAGCAUGGCCGAUCGAUUUUACAGCAUUCGUUGGAAAAGAAUGUAUUGCUAAUAAUGAUGUUAAUCAAGACAAUACUAAUCAAAAUAAUGAUGAUCAAACACAUAGAAUAAAUAUAUCAUAUUUAGAUCCCCCAUCAAAACCGGUGAAUAGAGUAAGUCCACGAACUAGUUUUGGCGGAAGUAUGGACUUACCUAUACCAAGUGAAAAAAGACCACAAGUUUCUGAGUUAUCAUGGAAAUCUAAACCGGUUCAUCGAUUAGUUAAUUCAUCUUCUAUCAAUGUGAACAAUGAAGAUGAUAAAUAA